AACUGGAAAACCCUGCAGACCCCCAAAUGAUGAUCAAUCCAUUCCAGCUUGACCCAGCAACAGCAGCAGCUUUGGCACCAGGACUUGUAAAUAAUGAGCUGCCGCCUGAAAUCCGGCUUGCCAGUGGUCAGCUAAUGGGUGAUGACCUGUCCCUCCUUACUGCAGGAGAGCUGUCACCUUAUAUCAGUGACCCAGCGCUGAAGCUAUUCCAGUGUGCUGUUUGCAACAAAUUCACCUCUGACAGCCUGGAGGCCCUCAGUGUACAUGUGAGCAGUGAACGCUCUCUCCCUGAAGAGGAGUGGAGGGCUGUAAUUGGAGACAUCUACCAGUGCAAGCUCUGUAACUACAACACUCAGCUCAAAGCCAACUUUCAGCUUCACUGCAAGACUGACAAACAUAUGCAGAAAUAUCAACUGGUGGCUCACAUUAAAGAAGGGGGCAAAACGAAUGAGUGGAGGCUGAAGUGUAUCGCCAUUGGCAACCCAGUUCACCUAAAAUGUAACGCCUGUGACUACUACACCAACAGUGUGGAUAAAUUGCGCUUACAUACCACCAAUCACAGGCACGAAGCAGCCCUGAAACUAUACAAGCACUUGCAAAAGCAUGAGAGUGCAGUAAAUCCUGAAUCCUGCUAUUACUACUGUGCUGUGUGCGAUUACUCCACCAAGGUCAAGUUGAAUCUGGUACAACAUGUCCGUUCAGUGAAGCACCAGCAGACAGAAGGCCUUCGCAAGCUCCAGUUACACCAGCAGGGUCUAGCACCAGAGGAAGACAACCUCAGUGAGAUAUUUUUUGUCAAAGACAGUCCACCAAAUGAGCUUGAAACUGCAUCUUUGGGAGCCCGAGUCUGUGAGGAUGAUUUAACAGAACAGCAUUUGAGACCAACUGCAGAAGAACAAGCGGAAGAGUCAGAAGCAGCCGUUAAACCUACACCUGUGGUUGCUGAUGAUGAUAAAGACACAAGUGAGAAAGACAGCACUGAAGGCAAAAAGGCUAGUCAUGAUCCUGCAACAGGAAUAAUCACACCAGAAAAGGAGCUGAAAGCCAAUGUGGCAAUAGGGACACAGCAACUCCUGCAGGCAAAAGAAGAGGAUGGUGCAGCCAAAAGAUCAAAAUCCACUGAGGACAAUAAGUUUUGUCAUGAGCAGUUCUAUCAAUGUCCCUACUGUAACUACAAUAGUAGGGACCCAAAUCGUAUCCAGAUGCAUGUCCUGUCACAGCAUUCAAUGCAGCCUGUCAUCUGCUGUCCCCUCUGCCAGGACGUCCUCAGCAACAAAAUGCAUCUCCAGCUUCAUUUGACCCACUUGCACAGUGUAUCUCCUGAUUGUGUGGAGAAGCUGCUUAUGACAGUUCCUGUUCCUGAUGUGAUGAUGCCUAACAGUAUGCUACUGCCAACAGCCACCACUGAGAAAUCAGAGCGUGAUACACCUGCAACCAUUAUAAAUGAAGGAUCUGGGAAAUAUUCAGGUGAAAGUCCUUUAGAUGAUAAAAACAUCCCAGGCCUUGAGGAAUCAAAGACUGGAAUGGAAAUUAAGGUUGAGGAACAGAAGCCACCUAAGGAGGCCACAGAUAUGCCAGAAUGGAAUAAGAAUGGCAGCAAGGAUGUCAAGGUCACUGACUCACUGCAAGAUCAAUUAAAUGAACAGCAGAAAAGGCAACAGCUCUCUGUUUCGGAUCGCCAUGUUUAUAAGUACCGAUGUAACCAUUGCAGCUUAGCUUUUAAGACUAUGCAGAAGCUUCAGAUCCAUUCCCAGUAUCACGCUAUCCGGGCAGCAACUAUGUGUAGCCUCUGCCAGCGUAGCUUCCGUACAUUCCAGGCUCUAAAAAAACACUUGGAAGCAGGCCACCCAGAACUAAAUGAAGGUGAACUUCAACAAUUGUAUGCAUCUCUACCUGUUAACGGCGAACUAUGGGCCGAAAAUGAAAAUCUGGCACAGGAUGAUCAUGCCCUAGAACAGGAGAUAGAGAGAGAAUAUGAGAUGGACCAGGAGGGAAAAGCAAGCCCUGUAGGAAGUGAUAGUAGCUCUAUUCCAGAUGACAUGGGCUCAGAACCAAAGCGGACCUUACCUUUUAGAAAAGGGCCAAAUUUUACUAUGGAAAAAUUUCUAGACCCAUCUCGCCCAUAUAAAUGUACAGUGUGUAAAGAGUCUUUCACACAAAAGAACAUUCUCUUGGUCCAUUAUAAUUCAGUUUCCCAUUUACAUAAAUUGAAAAAAGUUUUGCAAGAAGCAUCAAGUCCUGUUCCCCAAGAAACCAACAGUAGCACAGAUAACAAACCUUACAAGUGCAGCAUUUGUAAUGUUGCCUAUAGCCAAAGUUCUACAUUGGAAAUCCACAUGAGGUCUGUGCUUCACCAGACAAAGGCAAGGGCUGCCAAGUUAGAACCAAGCGGUAGCAUAAGCGGUGGAAAUAGUAUUGCAGCAAAUGUUAAUAGUCCUGGACAAGGGAUGUUAGAGUCAAUGAGCUUACCAGCAGUUAAUAGCAAAGAUACCCAUUUAGAUGCCAAAGAACUAAAUAAAAAGCAAGCUUCUGAAUUAAUCUCUGCUCAACCUCCACAUCACCCACCCCAGUCACCAGCACAACUUCAGAUGCAAUUACAGCAUGAGUUACAACAGCAAGCUGCAUUCUUUCAGCCUCAGUUUUUAAACCCAGCAUUUCUGCCUCAUUUCCCAAUGACACCAGAAGCGCUGCUGCAAUUCCAACAGCCUCAGUUCCUUUUUCCAUUCUACAUCCCUGGGACAGAGUUCAGCUUGAGUCCAGAUCUGGGCUUGCCAGGCUCGGCCACAUUUGGUAUGCCAGGAAUGGCAGGGAUGGCGGGUUCCUUGCUUGAAGACUUGAAGCAGCAGAUUCAAACUCAGCAUCAUGUAGGCCAAACCCAACUCCAGAUAUUACAGCAACAAGCACAACAAUACCAAGCUACCCAGCCCCAAAUUCAGUCUCAAAAGCAGCAGCAGCAGCAACAACAACAACAACAACAACAACAACAACAACAAUCGACCAAGUUGCUAAAACAAGAGCAAAACAGUAUUGGAAAUGUGGACUGCCCAUUAAUGAAGGAUUUGCCAUCAUAUAAGGAUACAGAAGAGAUUUCUGAGAAGCCAGAAAAGCCAAAGCAAGAAUUUACAAAUGAAAAUGAAGGACUCAAGGAAAACAAAGACAUGAAGAAACAAAAACCCUUAGAACCAACCAUCCCUCCACCCCGGAUAGCUUCAGGGGCAAGAGGAAAUGCUGCCAAAGCCUUGUUAGAAAACUUUGGUUUUGAAUUAGUCAUCCAAUAUAAUGAAAAUAGGCAGAAAGUACAGAAGAAGAACAAAGUUGGAGAAGGGGAGAAUACUGAUAAACUGGAAUGUGGGACAUGUGGUAAACUAUUUUCCAAUGUUCUUAUUUUAAAGAGUCAUCAAGAACAUGUACACAGUCAGUUUUUUCCCCAUGGAGCUCUAGAAAAAUUCGCUCGUCAGUACAGAGAGGCCUAUGACAAGCUCUAUCCCAUUUCACCCUCUUCUCCAGAGACUCCACCUCCACCACCCCCACCACCUCCGUUGCCUCCAGCCCCUUCUCAGUCUUCUUCUGUUGGUUCUGGAAAAAUCCAGAACACACCUCCUACUCCCCUGCAGGCUCCCCCACCUACACCUCCACCCCCUCCUCCUCCUCCUCCUCCUCCUCCUCCCCCUCCACCACCCCCUCCUCCACCUUCUGCUCCCCCUCAGGUCCAGCUGCCUGUUUCUCUAGACCUUCCCCUUUUCCCUCCCAUUAUGAUGCAACCAGUCCAACAUCCUGCACUACCUCCUCAGCUUGCUCUUCAGCUGCCACAAAUGGACACCCUUUCUGCAGAUCUCACUCAGCUUUGCCAACAGCAGCUUGGAUUAGAUCCAAAUUUCUUACGUCAUUCUCAGUUCAAGCGCCCACGGACAAGAAUCACAGAUGAUCAAUUAAAAAUCUUGCGGGCUUAUUUUGAUAUAAACAAUUCUCCAAGCGAAGAACAGAUCCAAGAAAUGGCAGAAAAAUCUGGUCUCUCCCAAAAAGUUAUCAAACACUGGUUUCGCAAUACACUUUUUAAGGAACGGCAAAGAAAUAAGGAUUCACCGUACAAUUUCAGUAACCCUCCCAUAACUGUAUUGGAAGAUAUCAGAAUUGAUCCCCAGCCUACUACUUUAGAACAUUACAAAUCAGAUGCAUCUUUCAGUAAAAGGUCUUCUAGGACUAGGUUUACUGACUACCAGCUUAGAGUAUUACAAGACUUUUUUGACACAAAUGCUUAUCCAAAAGAUGAUGAAAUUGAGCAGCUUUCUACUGUCCUCAACUUACCUACUCGAGUAAUUGUUGUGUGGUUCCAGAAUGCCCGUCAGAAAGCUCGCAAGAGUUAUGAGAAUCAAGCAGAAACUAAAGAUAAUGAAAAGAGAGAACUCACAAAUGAGCGGUAUAUAAGAACAAGCAACAUGCAAUACCAGUGUAAAAAGUGCAGUGUGGUUUUCCCCAGAAUUUUUGACUUGAUUACCCAUCAGAAAAAACAGUGUUAUAAAGAUGAAGAUGAUGACGCCCAAGAUGAAAGCCAAACUGAAGACUCUAUGGAUGCCACAGAUCAAAUGGUAUAUAAACAUUGCACGGUAUCUGGCCCAACAGACACUGCCAAAAACUCAGCUGUCACUGCAGCAAGUUCUGGUUCUGGGUCUAGUACUCCCCUAAUCCCUUCCCCUAAACCAGAGCCUGAAAAAACUUCUCCUAAACCUGAAUACCCCACAGAAAAGCCAAAGCAGAGUGACACAUCUCCUCCUUCUCAAAGCACCAAGCCCAUCCUUCCAAUAGCAACACCAUCCUCAGAUCCACAGCCUUCUGUCUCUCAAUCACAGCCACCAAAACAAUCCCAACUUAUUGGAAGACCCCCCUCUGCCUCACAAACAACACCUGUCCCUUCCAGCCCACUACCGAUCUCAAUGACUUCUCUCCAGAACAGUCUACCUCCACAGUUGCUACAAUACCAAUGUGAUCAGUGUACAGUUGCC